AUGUGGCGUGAAACCCCUCCUCAGCCGCCUUCUGUGCUCGGCGGCUUUUCUGCGCCUCUCCUCAACAACACUACCACGGGGUACUCCCCUGAUACCGGAUCUUUUUAUUCUCCAGCCUCACAGAUCUUCUCUGGGAUCGACGUCAGGCCACCGCGUUUGAACUCUGGUAGUAGCACUUCAUCUACGGGCAUGGCACAUGCCAACCGGUCGGCUGCGUUACCAAAUCCAGCAUACAACGUGAGAGAUCUCUACUCCGGGGCGAGGCCGUCCUUCGGAAGAGCAACGGAGCACACGAGAUCGCCAUCUUUCGCAGCACCUUUGCGACGUCAUCCAUUGUCGCCAACUCCAAGCCCAAGCAUUAGUUUCACGAGUCCGGUCAGAAUGGACGCCAGUCAGUAUGGCAAGUCAGCGGGAACGCAUAUUCCCCCGUUGAUGCCGAUGACCACAAACGGUCAGCUGGUGUACAGUGACUCGGGGACGCCCAUUAAGAUCGAUAUCCAUGGGACCAUCGACAAGGGCUUCUUCAUGUCAGAAGGGGAUUGGACAUGUUACAGAAGGAAUUACUUCUCUUGCAUCUGCUCGUAUAGCCUUUCACCGUACUAUCCCAACACGACGAUGCAGUACGCACCUAACGGAUCAUCGACAUCAUACCAAGUGUUCGGGUUUGCGAUGAGCAUUUCUGCGGUGGUAUCUGACAGCGACUCUCACACCAUCGACUUAGUGCAGCAUACGCCCAAGAGAGACAAAGGACCGGUACAAAAGCCGGAGAAGGUGAGAUUGACACCAAAGCAGCCUCAACAACCGCCGCAUCCGCUACUUUACCAAGACCACCACAAUUUACCCGGUGGCUCAAGACCUUUAUAUGAAGGUGGCUACGGACAGAGUCCGCAAGGAUCGUACCCGAGCGAGCAUACGUUUGAAAGGAUCCAGUUCAAGCAAGCAACUGCGAACAAUGGCAAGCGGCGCGCGGCGCAACAAUACUACCAUUUGGUUGUUGAACUGUAUGCCGAUGUUGGGAAUCAGGCGCAGGAGCAAUUUAUGAAGAUCGCGCAGCGCAAAUCCGCAAAGAUGAUCGUACGUGGCCGUUCUCCUGGACACUAUCAGACCGAGCGACGUGGAAGCACCAGUAGCGGGCCCGGCGGAUCAAGUGGGAUGGGAGGUUACUCGGGAUCCCAAGUUCUAGGUUCUGACUAUGGCGCUGGUGGACCUUCGCUGUUAUCGAAUGCGUACGGCAGCAGUGGGGGAUACGAUCCACGGUCGGGGCAUUACGGCACCACGCGCCACAACGAAAUGCCGAUGGAUCCGAUCAUACCACCAGAGGAGGCUAAAGCCAUCGACAACACGAAGGAAUACCAGUACUAUCCUGGGCCAAUCUAUGAGGGCACCGAUACGAGACAAGGAGUCGAGAUGUUUUCCCAUCACCGAAGCGAGCCGGAGAAUUUGGUGCAUUCGGCGCCAGCGGCAGUUGAUCCGACGACUUCGAAGGUGAAACACGAGUACGACGGGCCUCUCCCGAGCCUCUUUUAUACGCCCGGAAACUACUACUCUCGAGGUUGUAGCCGUUUCGAGGGAAAACCGACUUCUGCCGGCUAUUAUCCAACCAUGCCGACAAUGCUCCCCCAAUCCGGGUGA